GAUGAAUCCCGAAAAAAUAAAGAAGCUCCAACAGAACGCUGAACAUGUGCGCACUGGUGGCAAGGGGACUGCCCGAAGAAAGAAGAAAGUUGUGCAUAAAACGACAGCGCUGGAUGACAAAAAGCUUCAGAGCAACCUGAAGAAACUUUCUGUAACGAACAUUCCUGGCAUCGAAGAAGUUAAUAUGAUUAAGGAGGAUGGGACUGUUAUUCAUUUCAACAAUCCGAAGGUGCAAGCUUCAGUGCCUGCUAAUACUUUUUCGAUCACUGGGACUGCGGAGAACAAGCGUAUAACUGACAUGUUGCCGGGCAUUCUAAACCAGCUUGGAGCUGAAUCGCUUGCGCACUUGAAGAAAUUGGCCAACAAUGUGACUACGCAAUAUAAGCCGUCGGAUGAUGAUGUUCCAGAGUUGGUUGGUGAUUUCGAGGAAGCGUCAAAGAACGAGACUAAAGAGGUUCAACCGCAGCAACAUCACAUAGGAGGAGAAUCCUAA